AUGGCCGACGUCCGAGCCCUCCUCGCCGCAGAGCGGCAGGCUCGUAGAAUCUCUCACCCUCACCUCUCCUACUCUAAAUCCGGUAUGCUAAUCUGUACGGUCUGCAACCUGAACGUCAAGUCCGAGGCCCUCUGGGAAGGGCACCUCAAGAGCGCAAAUCACAGGAGAAACGCCGCCCAAGCUGCUGCACAAGAGAACGCCACUGCAAACGUCGUCACUAAUGCAGGCAAGGGAGUUAAGAGGAAGAUUGAAGAUGUUGACGAUGAUGCAUCGGAAGAGCGUGACGAAGCGGACCUCGAUGCGCGGAAGAAGCCCAAGUCGCGGCCAGAGAGUGUUGCUGUCGUGGAGGGAGGAGAACUAGGAGAACCAGGCAGUAUACAGACAAGAGCGCUGCCUGCACAAGGCGAGGGUGCUGGAUGGAAAGUAGAGCAGCCGACACCACCUGCGCCAGCAGCAGACAAUGCUCCACCGCCAUCGAAUGGCUCGUCCCAACCACCUACAGUAGACGAAGACGAAUGGGCCGCCUUCGAGCGCGAGGUUGCACCAUUAGCCGCGGCCACACCGAACUACUCCUCGGCGACAAUCACUGCAGCACCGCUCACAACCGCUCAGCUCAAAACCCAAAAAGACGAAGACAGGCGGAGGAAGCUAGAGACUGAGGCAGAAGACGAAAAGGAGGACGAAGAGAGAAGGAUAGAAGAAGAAUUCGAUCUCAUGGAGGAAAUGGAAGAGCGGAUUCGAAGACUUCGAGAGAAGAGGGAUGCGCUCAGAAGCGGUGUUACGACUGGAAGGGAUACGGGCAAGGGUGUGAAUGCGAUAGCUGCUGACACUGCUGGACAGGAUGCAGCUGAAAGUCGCGUGGACAGACCAGACGACGAGGGUGAAGAAGAUGAAGAGGAAGAAGAUGAGUGGUAUUCGUGA